AUGACUAAGCUUGACUCCGCUGUCUCUUCCAUCCCACUGAUAAUUGUUACCACCAACGACUUCUGCAAUGAUGGAAUACCUUCAGACCCGUUGUUGCCAUCGGGAACCUACAUUGACGUUGUGUUGGAUGUUAGGGUAGAGAACACCACACCAAACAAUGGUGAUGUACCUAAUGAAGGAAAGGUUUCUGAUGUAACUUUGAGUAAGUUGCAGAUUCAGAGGAAAACUAUGCCUAUGCGCCUGGUGAAUCUAGAUAGGUCGAAGUUGUUGCCAGAGUAUUGGAGGUAUGAAACAAAAGUUCAUAUCAGUAGAGCCACUACAGUUAUUGUUGAUAGAUACAAUAUUGAAUCGGCCGGUGUCUGGGGUAAAUUCAGGUCAAAGAAUGAGGUCAAUUAUUUCCUGAAAGCAGGUGGAAAGCGCAAGAAGGCAAAUAAAUAA